UGGAGAUGCUCUAACUCUCAAAAUCCUUUUUUGCCUGAAACUCUUCAACCUUUUAUUUAUAAAUUAACAAUCCUCCCUUAAGUUAUGUCCUUUUCUUUCUUUUCUGCCUAGGUCUUAUUCGGCAUUUUCAUUAUUUUUAUAUAAAUUUGGUGGUUGGAAUUUCGGUUACAAAAUUUAGAUCAUCAUGGAUAACAAUAAUUGGAGGCCAAGUCCAUCUCAAGGUCCUGUUGUAGGCGGCGUUGGAGCUCCUGGAGGCGGCGUUGGAGCUCCUGGAGGCGGCGGUGGAGAAGCUGCCAUGGAUUUUCUUGAUUGGCGGAGCCAAAUACAGCCGGAUUCUCGUCGAAGAAUCGUCAACAAGAUAAUGGAAACUUUGAAGAGGCAUCUCCCUGUUUCUGGCCAAGAGGGAUUACAUGAACUUAGGAAAAUUGCUAUAAAGUUUGAGGAAAAGAUUUAUACUGCUGCCACAAGCCAGUCAGAUUAUCUACGAAAAAUAUCUCUGAAACUGCUUACAAUGGAAACUAAGUCUCAGAAUCCUGUAGGCAAUGCUUUGCCAUCCAACUCUGCUGGCAAUAGUAAUAAUUAGUCCCCAGAUGCAGGGAUGAGUAUGCAGCCCCAAGUUCAUAAUCCAGGGCAGUCACUUCCUAUUCCAUUAUCAGCUAAUCAGUCUCGCCAACAGAUGUAUCUCAAAACUUUCAGAAUAACAUUCCAUCUGCUGGAGUUAAGCACUGCCAGUUUACCAUCUGCACUGCCUCCUGUCUCUGGUUUAAGUCAGAAUCCUAUCCCAAAUGUUGUUGGCCAUGUUCAGCUUUAAUGCUUUAACUUCACCUUUCUUGAGAUAUUUGUGGCGUUGAUGGAAUCUAUUCUAUAUGUCAUCUCAUAUGGAUGUACAUGCAUGUUUAACAAGUAUUUAGUUAUCUAAACUAGUAAUUGAUCAAAAAAGUUAUCUAAACUAGUAAGGUACCUAAAUAAGACUUGUUAGGAUGAGUUCGUCCUCUUUUAAUUUGAUGAUUUUAUUUCGCUGGACUAACUAAAUAGUAAGUGUAUGGCCUAUUCAUUAUAUAUAAUGAAAGUAAACUAAAAUGGUAAACAUUUGUGACUU